CUUCAACACACACUUCAUCCUCCACCACUCUCAAACCUCCACCUCCUUCAAUGGCUGACUCCAAUACCUCUUCCACUCAAACUUCUUCACAUUCUUCUGAUUCAGGGAAGCGUGGAUCUUCCAAGGUUGAAUUUUCUGAAGAUGAGGAAACUCUUAUAAUCAGGAUGUAUAAACUGGUUGGGAAAAGGUGGUCUUUGAUUGCUGGAAGAAUUCCUGGAAGAACAGCAGACGAAAUAGAGAAGUAUUGGACUUCGAGACUCUCGAGUUCUAGUAAAUGAAGUGGCAGAGUACUACAUAUUGGUGUUCAGUGUAGGAUGAGCAACAAGAUUUUGGGUGCAACAUUAGUGUUAAGUUGUGGGAGUGAUUUUGUGGGACAUAAACUGAAUUAAAGUUGGUCUUAUUUAUUUAUAGGUAUCUGUAUUUGUAUUGGCUAUAAAAGAAAGAAACUGCAACUAUAAAAGCUUGUUUGUGUAAUAGUUUUCCUUCUUCAAAUGUUACUUGGUGGUUGGUCUUA